AUGCCAGUCGGCAGCCGCACCACGAAUCAUCACAUCGAAGGCCUCGAUAGAGAUUCGUACACAGCUCAUCGUCUGAAGCACGCUUCGCCGGAGCACCUCCACCUCACAACUCGACGCUUCUUUAUAGGGCCUAUCCCAGACGGCUGGCUAAGAGACAACAGGAAGUCAUGGUAUAAACGACGAGUUGAGCUGAGCACCUACAGCUCGCGGAAAGCUUCCUUCAAUGCUGCUGCAGACCAAGGCGCACGUCAUCGGACGAUGACCGACUUUGGAGGGCCAUCUACGACAGCGAGAAUCAAUUUCAGCUUUCCGCAACCUGAAGAUGUCGACGAAGAACCUAGCGGGAGUGAGGCAUCGCAGGGCGAAACGGAAGAGACAGAUACUGAAGACGAGGACAAGCAAACCACCGUGGUUGAACCUGUGGCAACUCAUGAUGCACAACAGAUGCUUGGUAACAGCGAGUCUGGUGCCGCAUCUCCGAAGGCUAUCCCUGCGCCUCGUGAUCGACCGAGUGAGCCGGGAGUGGGUUCAUCCAAGGAUACGCGGCGACAAGAUCUUGCCUCUCCGCCUCCAGACAGCUUUCACACUGCCCAUCAACAAAUUCACCACGAAGAGAGCGAGGAGCAACCAGCUGGACUUUCCUUGACUGUGACCGACUCACAACGAUACGAUAGUGAUGAUCAGAGGCUCUCGACUUCGGUGAGAAACUCUUCACACAAUGGGGGCAUGACCCCAGAGGUUGACAACAAUUCCAAGACUCGUCUUCUGCCACAGGACACUAGACCACAAGGAAAAUUGUUAAGCUCAGCUCUUCGACCUGUAAGUCCAAAGACGGACAAGAAGUCCAUGCAACAACAUGCACCCGCUCCAAUAGAUGACGACGAUGCGGAUGUCCAUCUUGGACGGACAAACACUGGCGUCAGAUUCAAAGUGUCCGAGGGAGUCGCCAACAGACAACACCGCAUUCAGCGCAGAGUCGGGAGCACGCGAGACAAGGUUCUCAAUAAGAAAUUCCGGCGGAACACCAUGCAAGAGGGUAUGAUUGUGAAGAUGGAGAGAAUGCUUGUGCGAAUGGACUUCAGUGGACAGCAGGUGCCCGACGAGUACGACGAGAACGAAAGCCUCAAGAUCGACACCCGUGUCAUUGAGAAGUGGCGUGAGUUCAUGGUAGUUGUUCGGAAGAGCAAGAAGCAGGAUGCCGAUGACUUUCGACUACAGAUCUACAAGACUCGCGUCAUACCUGAAAUUGACAAUGAGUCCACCAAGAAGAAGCCUGCAAGGGAGAUCAGGCUCGACCCCAAGACCACCCAUGUCAAUCUUUACUCCUCCUUGGACAAGACCGUUGUCCUUUGGCAUCCCUAUCGAAAAGGCACUCGUAUCAUCAUCAUGAGGCCGACUUCUACGGCGCACUCCGUGGAGUGGUACACCUUUCUUAGGGAUGCGAUGGGGUGGAAACGACCAAGAGCUCUCCAAGUCAGUGUACCAGAUCUCGGCGUGUCGGUUAGGCUCGACAAACCCUUUGAUGGCAUCAGAGAAGCCGCCAGUGCAGCUCAGGACGAAGACACCGCAGUUGCAAAGACACAGGAGGCCGAGCAGGCUGUCGCUGGUCGAAUCAUUGGUCAAUCCAUCGAGAUCCUUGAAAAAGACCCGGAAUGGACAGACGUGCUCCAAAUGUGGCGUGAAACUGCGAAGAUGGGUUUGGCGUGGAAACGAUAUGAUCGUUUAGAAUGGGUGCAUGGGGCUACAGAGCAGAAAAUGUACGGGUCUAUGGCCAUGCAGAAAACAUAUGAGCUUGAGCUGCGGCCGAAAGAGCAUUAUCAUACGACUGCGAGGGGUAAUAAAGGCGUCAUACACGAAGAGCCUCCACCGGUUGAAGGCUUCUUGAUCCGACUCACUUCCCAAAAGGGCGUUUCCAAGCGGAUGGGCAAGACUUUUCACAAACGACUGUAUUACUAUACCCAAAACCAGUUUCUAAUGUUUAAUCAGCCCGCCAAAUCCACGCCACCGCAUCCUCCGCGACUUGCUACUAUCGGCGGAUCUGAGAUCCCGCCAUCGACAGAGAUUAUCGAAAAGACACCCGAGUUAUUUGAUGUCGAGCCAUUUAAAGUUGACAAUGGUACGAUCGCCUGGCUGUCUGACUCGGCUGAAUCUGUCAAGCGACAUGAUCGUGAAGCGGUCGAGGAGGCACGCCGCAAUCUAGCCAAUGUCGAAUCCGCGGAAGGCUAUAUCGACAUGUGCCGAAUUAGAAAAGUCCGCAAGAUGAAAUGGGGAAGUUAUCCGGGCGACGAGAACCGAGACGCUGGACACGAUUCUGACGUCGACUUUCACGAUAACGUCUCAGAUACGAGCGACGAGGACGGUGCGACAGAUCGGAUUGACGAUGAUCGCGUGCUUGAGUUGGUGCAUGACAAUGAUCUCGUGAUCCGCCUACAAGCCUACAGCAAGCAGGCACGCAAUGAAUGGGUCAAGCGUCUGCGGAAGCUUGCCAAAUACUGGAAGCUGCGCAUUGCAGGAGACACGGAAAUCUACAAGGCUGUGCGGCGAACCAAUCUCUCCACGUUGAACAUCGAUGAGGAGAUGGAAGCUCUACUCGGCCAAUUUGGGCGCAAGUGGGAAGUGAACCGAUCCGAGGCUAGCUCCGAGCUUUACCAUGUGUGCGGCAUCGCCAGUUGCCGUGCCAUCAGCAUGUCGGGUGUGCUUUUCCGCAAACCUCGUCGACGGGCGGCAUUUCAGAGAUGCUCUGUUCUUCUAAGCGCCGGCAAGCUUCUGAUCCAUCAAGCAACCGUCCGCAAGCGCACUGGUGAACAGGUUAGGCAUUUGCACCAGGAACGGCAGGAGGUAGUAGACCUGCAAGACUGCUACGUGUACAGUGGACUGCUUGUAGAAGAAGAUCUACUAUAUCAGAACCAAACAUUCGACGCAAACAACGUGGCUGCUGGCGGUGCGAGGACUCCGCGUGUCUACCUCGAGGGUACGAGUGGCGAGGCAUGGACCAGCCAAGAUGUCGACUUCAUGACUUGCUUUGUGUUGUGGAGAAACCAUCGGCGCGGCUGGUUCCGCACACAGCAGUCAGACGCGGGAGAACGACAGGAGGAUGAGAAGCGAUCUCGAAUCAAGCGUGUUGCUCAGCUAGGCGUUCCGGGUCGCGGGAUGGUGUUCCAAUGCCGAAGUCGGGCGGAAAGAGACCACUGGGUGCUGAGCAUUGCGGCAGAAAUCGAGAGAAUUGUCGAGAUGACUGCCAACGACCUCGGCGAUGGAGGCGAUGCGCGGGUCACGAACUGA